UCGAUGAAUUUGACUACCGCACACACGGAAUAAUAUAAAUAUUUUUAAAGUUAAAGUCAUGUUUCCAAAUUACUGCUUUACUAAAUCAACCCAACAGCUUGGUUUUGACAUACACAAGCGACAAAACAUUCCCAAAGAUCUUUACACUCGCAAUGGACGGCCUUCGGAGCUUGUAGCAAAAUUCAACAGAAAUUUAACACCCCAACUGGGAGUACGCUACGUGGACGUGGCUGGACCGGGAUAUCUGGGUAGCAGCAAUGGCAAGCGUUCCAAACGAAAGCUGCCAAAGUCGAGCAGCAUCAAAAAUACGGCCCAAAAACCUCCGUCAGCGCUCAAGCCGACUGUUUUCCGACGCAACGUGGCAUUUCGACUGCCUGCCGUGGUGUGUGUCAGCAAGGAGUCCAUGGCGGAGCCAACGAAGCACGAGCGAGAGCCAGCAGGCGACGACAAGGUCAGGGAACGUCGUCGCGAUCGACAGGAAGCGGUAAUCGACAAUCCGAAUCGUGAGCUGCAGGAAUCCUUUGCAGACUUCUUUAGCAUCAUGCACGACAAUGUGCUGGAGACGGUGCAGGGAGCCGUCUCAGAAAUGGUAGCCAAGUGCUUUGAGGAGCCCAUUGCCAAGGUGGAGCGACUGUCGUCGGAGAUGAUGCACCAGGAGAAGAUGCUUAAUAAAAUGUUUCGCGACAUCAAUGCCAAAAUGGACGAUCAGAACGAAACGAGCUUGAACCAGUUCAAGUUUGUCACCCAAAUGCUCAUCGACAACCAAACCGUGCACUACCGAGCGCUCAAUCAAGCCAAGUUGGAAAAACGGCGCUUACGCGCUGAACGAGAAUCUGAGAAGGAGCGGGAGCGGGAACGCAAGAAGGAGCGUUCCACAGGUGGUACUGACAAUGAAAAAGAAUCCAAUAAGAGAACGCUACAGCAUCAGUUGUGGCAGCAACAGAAUCCCCACGUAGACCACACCGAAAUGUGCAUGGCCUGCACGCAGGAGGAAUUCCUGGCACGACAACACUCGCCACCCUCCAGAACACCUUCCAGACCACCAUCCGUGCCACGCCUUCCCCCUAGAAUACCUGCCGUCAGCAUGCCUGAUCUGUCGAAGCGAGCCUUAUCAGGCUUGGGCACGAACAACCGCUCCGUACAGCCCGAUGUUCAGUCAUUAAAGCCCAGGAUCAGCCGGCAGCGUUCUGUGUGCCAAAAGGCUACCACAAACCGCCCAGUUCUACCCUAUCCGCCAUCUGUUCACAGCGAACUAUCUUCACGUCGCUGCUGCAAGAGGGGCUCCAGCGCAGAGUAUCUGCAAUAACAAAAAAACAGGAUUCUGUCGAUAUCUGGCCAUGGCAGCCAGUUGUAUUGCAGAAGAAGGAAUAUAUAUGUAUGGCAUUAUUUUCUUCUCCUGCCACACAACUUUAUGUCAUAGUUUUGUAUUCAUUUUUGAAGAUAUUUAAAAAAAUUCAAGUUAGAACUGAAAGUAUAAUUUGAAGUAAAAAAUACAGAGGUAAAAGGAA